UCCCUCUCCACCAAUCCAAACUCCCUUUUUCUCCCUCUGUCUUCCUAUGCACUCAGCUUGUUUUUCUUCUUGCCUCUCUGCCUCCCUACCCUCCUUCUCUUCCUUGUCUCUCUCUCUCUUCUCUACGUCUGUUGCUGCCUGGCUUGCUCCUGACUUGUCCUGCCUCCCUCCCUCUCUAUUCCACUCUACCCUGCCUCUCUCUCUCCGUCUCUGUUCUUCCCCAUCUCUUUCUCUGCUCUCUAUGUUCAGUAGUGCAACAUGAGGCAGUCUGUGGCUAUCUGUCUGCUUGGACUCUCAGCUCUGCUCCACGUGUCUGAGCAGGGUCCCCACCAGCGUAAUCUAUUGAGGGAUCUACUGAGGGACUAUAACCGUAUGGAGAGACCUGUUGCCAAUGACUCUCUACCACUCACUGUCCGAUUCUCCUACACUCUCUUACAAGUCAUGAAUGUGGAUGAGAAAAACCAGAUCCUCACCACUAAUGCCUGGCUUCAGAUGCAAUGGUUUGACCACUACCUUCAGUGGAACCAGUCAGAGUACCCAGGAGUGAAAACCCUUCGCUUCACUACUGACCAGGUCUGGAUACCUGAUAUACUACUGUACAACAGUGCCCAUGAUAAAUUUGAUGCCACCUUUAAGAGCUAUGUGCUGGUCAACUCAAGUGGCUUCUGUGAGUACCUACCUCCAGGUAUUUUCAGCAGUGCGUGUGAAGUGGACGUGCGUUGGUUUCCCUUUGAUGUCCAGCACUGUGAGCUGAAGUUUGGCUCGUGGACGUUUGACGGCUGGCUGCUGGACCUCCAGAUGCAGGAGGCUGACCUGUCAGGAUACAUGUCCAAUGGAGAGUGGGAACUGCUGGGUGUACCAGGUGAUCGCCAUGAGAUAUUUUAUGAGUGCUGUACAGAGCCCUACUCUGACGUGACCUUUGUUGUGACCCUACGGCGGAGAACUCUGUUCUACGCUCUCAACCUCCUCGUCCCCUGUGUUCUCAUCUCCUCCUUGACACUGCUGGUGUUCCUACUGCCAGCCCAAUCGGGGGAGAAGAUCGGUCUGGGCAUUACAAUUCUUCUCUCUCAGACUUUCUUCAUGUUGCUGGUGGCUGAGAUUAUGCCAGCUACCUCAGACUGCAUUCCACUGAUAGGUCAGUAUUUUGUGAGCACCAUGGUUACCGUAGGGAUGUCUGUGGUGGCGACUGUAGUUGUACUUCAGUACCAUCACCACGACCCCAACAGUGGAGACAUGCCUCAAUGGGUUGAGUUGGUUCUACUCCAGUGGGUUCCCUGGUUUCUGAGGAUGAAGUGUCCAGAAGAGUGGGGUGAGCUCACACCCCACCACAGCCCCUCCAACCCCCAGACCAAGACCUGCUCCUCUCCCCACCCCACCACCACCCCAGCCCCCUUAACCUACCCCCAGAGCCUCACCUCUCUGCAGGCCAGUCUAAGCCAGCUCAGCCAGCCCCUACCACACCCACCUUCCAAUCCUACCCUCCAGUCCUAUCACAACUAUAAUCCAAACCCCCAGCCUAAUAUCCACCUGAACCCAAAUCGAUAUCCCCAGCCCCUUAACCUACACCCCAACCUACACCCCAAUCUCCCCUCCAUCCCCCACGCUCAGCCCAAUGGACACCUGCCAUACAUGGGCUUCCAGAGUCCUCCUGAACCUGACCCUGCUGUCACUUGGAGAGGAGGAAGAGGAGGAAGAGGAGGAGGAGGAGGAGGAGGAGGAGGAGAAGAAAGAAAGGGUUCUGACACCCGCAUCCUCCACCACCACCCACCCUCCUCCACAACGUUGGGUAGCCCCCCGCCACAACCCCCCACAUCUCCGGACCCUGACCCCUCAUCCUCAGGUUCCAGCUGUGUAGAGGAUGGGGCUGGGGCAAGUGGAGUGGGUACUUGCCAUGCCCAGGCCAGGGUGUUCCAGGCUGGGGAAGCAGAGGCCCAGCUCCAGGCCCUGCUGGCGGAGGUGCGGUUCCUGGCCGAGGGUCUCCGUGAGCAGGACCGCAGGGUGAGCGUGGCGGAGAAGUGGCAGUUUGCAGCAGUGGUCAUCGACCGUUUGUGUCUGGUGGGGUUCAGUGUGUUCAACAUAAUUUGUACCAUCGCAAUCCUCAUGGCUGCACCCAACUUUGCGGAGGCCGCCUCCAAGGACUUCUUUUGAGAAGGAGCUCCGCUGCUUCUAAAUCAUUGCCGCCACUCCCCAAAAAAUUGAAGAAAUAUAUAUCCACAUUUCUGCCAAGAUGCGCUUUUAAGAUCAGAUUGACAAGUUACAACGUAUAUUUAUUGCAUUUGAUGCAUUCAGAGUCUUUGGGGAUUUUCAUUUGGAGUAAAUGGAGAUUGGCAAACCCAUACUUAAGCUUAUUCAAAGCCGCUAUGCUGCAUCAGUUUGGCUACAGGUUAUAAUUCUUUUAAAUAUACAUUUUGUAGAAUGUCCUUUUAAAAAGUCACCAAAAGUGACCAUCUAACAGUCCUAAAAAAUAUUAAAACACAUUCCGGGGGGGACUGGAAAGGGACUGGGAGACUAUGGAGCAAUUUCAGUGGGAACAUAAAUUGUAUUUGAAUUCCAUAAUUUAGAAUUUGUAUUAUGAUAUUGAAUUUCAAUUCUGUGCAAUUACUGUGCAUUUCUUCUGUUUUCUGGGUCUUCAUGCCCAGUUUGGCUAAUGUAGGGAGUUAUGUGUCAAAUCCUUCACUGAUAAUGAUGUUAUUGUCCUUUGGCCAUGUGUUAAUGAAUGUGAUAUGUGUGAUGAUGGGAACUGGACAGAGAGGGGUCAGAAGUCAUAUUGGGCUGGCACCAGGUUCUGUGGCUUCAGCUCGCUCAGCAUUGCUUCAAACAAAAGAACCAUGAACACACUAAUAAAUAAAACAUAACUGGUUGUUGACAGACUGGAGGAACUACAAUAGGUGUCAGUCUACGUUUUGCAUCUCAAAAUAAAUAAUCUUAUUUUCUA